UCUCUCUCUCUCUCUCUCUCUCUCUCUCUACCAACUAAUAAUUUCCAAAACCUCCUUCUCCUUCAUUCUUUAUCAAAUCUAAGCAAUAUAGCUGAGAUGGCCAAAGGUGGCAAGCUGACGAAGCUCAAGUCAGUUCUUAAGAAAUGGAACUCAUUCAGCAAGCAAGGCCGAGUGAACGUCAGCGCCGUUGCCUCUGCUGACGACGACGAUUCCUCCACCCUCGCCAGAGACCUCCACCCGGUCUACGUUGGCAAGUCAAGGCGGCGCUACCUUGUUAACUCCGACGUCGUUGACCACCCGCUCUUCAGAGAGCUUGUGGAGAGGUCCGGCGACUCCGACGACACCAUCAACGUGGCAUGCGAAGUCGUGUUGUUUGAGCACUUGCUUUGGAUGCUCGAGAAUGCUGAUCCACAGCCCGAGUCAUUGGACGAACUCGUUGAGUUCUAUGCUUGCUGAUCAACACUGAGUUGGCAUCGAUCCUUAUAACUCUUGGGGUGGGUGUGGUUUAAUUUGCGAUCCUAUGGGUGAUUCUCUGUGGUCAUCCUCACGGUAUAAAAUAUAGUUAAUUGUACAUUCUUUCAAGUUUAAUAACGUGCGAUUAGCGCGUAGAGAAAAAAAAAAAAAAAUGGAAGGUAGCUAGAGGAGAUCAAAGGCAUGCGCCUGUGAUGAUGAGCAUUUGAGUGAUUGAACGGUGAGGAUUAACCCUUUUCACUCCGGCUAAUCUCUUGGCCCGGUGGAAAUUAUCAGUAUUAUAUAUCAUUGUUCUUGUUCAUUUGUACUUAUAAGAUAUUGUUUAUUUCUAUAUACUUAGAAAUGUUUUCCUU